GCGGUCUGAGAGUCCACAAGUCGGGUCCAGUGAGUCACACAGAGUUACAACUGUGGAAUCUGGACGUAGAUAAGCACCACACCCAGUCUGGUCCUGGAUCAGAACACAACUGCUGCCUCUCUGCCGAAGGGAAACAAGUUGCCAUGGCGCUGGUGUCUGAGUUCCUGAGCCAACUGACACUGUCACAUAGUGGGGAGCCUGAACCCAAAUUCCCCACUGUGGUGGCUGCACGAGACUUUGACCCGGCCAAAGAUUCUGCAAGGAUCGAUGUAGCCAUCAAAACUAAAGGUGUAGAUGAACAGACCAUCAUCGACAUCUUGACCCGGCGCACCUGUGAGCAGCGCAAAGACAUUGCUUUCCAUUACGAGAGGCUUGCCAAGAAGGAUCUAAUCACAGCCCUGAAGGGGGCACUGUCUGGCUCUCUGGAAGCACUGAUGCUUGGUCUGAUGAAAAGCACCACCGAGUAUGACGCCUCUGAACUCAGAGCAUCCAUGAAGGGUCUGGGAACAGAUGAAGAAAGCCUUAUUGAAAUUGUCUGUUCCAGAAACUAUGAAGAGAUGGAAGAGAUAAAGAAGGUUUAUAGAGAAAUGUUUAAGAAGGAGCUGGAAAAAGACAUCGCAGGAGACACAUCAGGAGAUUUUGCUAAGCUCCUGCUAGCUCUAGUCCAGACACGCAGAGACGAACCGUCUAAUGUGGUCGACUAUGAAAAGAUUGACGAGGAUGCCAGGGCUCUGUAUGAAGCUGGUGUGAUGAGGAAAGGCACUGAUGUGUCAACCUGGAUCUCCAUCAUGUCACAAAGGAGCGUUCCCCACCUACAAAAAGUGUUUGAAAGGUAUAAGAGGUACAGUCCCUACGACAUGAAGGAGAGCAUCAAGAAAGAGGUGAAAGGUGAUCUGGAGAAGUCCUUCCUUACCCUGGUGGAAUGCUUUGAGAACAAGCAGCUGUAUUUCGCCAACAGACUCGGUGAAGCCAUGAAGAGUAAAGGGGCCAAGGAGAAGGUGGUGACCCGGAUCAUGGUUUCUCGCUGUGAAGUUGAUCUGAUGAAGAUUAGAACAGAAUUUAAGAAACAGCACAGACGGUCUCUGUACCAGACCAUCACUGAACACACAAAAGGUGACUACCAGAAGGCGCUGCUCAGUCUGUGUGGAGGAGACGACUGAACUCACUUUCCCAGAAUGACCUCACCCGUCAUUUCAGUAUGAGAGUCUUUUGGGGCUGACUUCACAGAACACAAACUUCAACUCUUAGCACGUUCUA